GAGAGAUGUUUACAUUGUUAAGCGCAUCCUUCUUUUGUAGUCGCUUGGCAAUUGAUGCUAUUUCUUUGCGUCAAAUCAUCUCAAACUCAUUUCAAUUUUGUCACGCGCACCAGCCGUAAUGAUUUGGGCGUGAGGGUGAACUUCAGCAUCCUUCCUGCGGUUCGCACCCCACAUCACACUCACACAAGUGAAGCAGAAAGGAGCGCAUUUGCAGCCUCGGUUUAUUUUUUUUCUUUCUUCAUCCCUAACCACAUGUUGUUAGCGCCGAUUGUUACCAGAGCCAUGUCCAGGAAGAAGACGUUAAAGGGCAAAAGUCCCAAAGGGUCGCCGAGCAGCGGCGGCGGGAAGACGGGGAAAGGUUUGGCCGUAGGUGCCUCACCGACUUCCGGACUGGUUUACCCCAGCAGACCGUCCAUCAGCAGCAGCGGGGAGUUCUAUGACAUCGCCUUCAAGGUAAUGCUGGUGGGAGAUUCAGGAGUUGGUAAGACAUGUCUGCUAGUGCGCUUCAAAGAUGGAGCCUUCCUAGCAGGCAGCUUCAUCUCGACUGUGGGCAUCGACUUCAGGAAUAAGGUGAUGAGCAUUGAUGCCGUGAAGGUUAAACUGCAGAUCUGGGACACUGCUGGCCAGGAACGAUUCCGCAGUGUCACACACGCCUACUAUCGCGAUGCUCACGCACUUCUUCUUCUCUAUGAUGUUACAAACAAAGCAUCGUUCGAUAACAUUCGGGCCUGGUUGACGGAGAUCCACGAGUACACCCAGCAGGACGUAGUCAUCAUGCUGCUAGGCAACAAGGCCGACUCUUCCCAUGACAGGGUGGUGAAACGAGAGGAGGGAGAAAAGCUGGCAAAGGAGUUUGGUGUGCCCUUCAUGGAGACCAGCGCCAGGUCUGGACUGAAUGUGGAGCUGGCCUUCACUGCUGUGGCCAAAGAGCUGAAGCACAGGACCAUGAAGGAGCCCGACGAGCCAAAGUUCCAGCUGCAGGAGUACGUCAACAGAGAAAUGAGGACUGCUGGCUGCUGCCGCUCAUAGGUCAUGUGUGUGUGCGUGUACAUGAGUGUGUGUAAAGGUAAGCAACAGAUGUGAAGGGGUUGGACAAGAGAAUGGAAACACCAUUUGGCAUCACGGUAAUUGAAAAUAAUUGUUAAAGCAUAGACUUCAUAAUGUAUUGACGGGACACAGGGCUGAUAAAUAGGGGGCCUGCAUUGUUGGCGAGGCCGUCAAAGCCGACAGAGUGGAAUAACAAAGAGCUUUUUUCGUUGAAAAUUCUUGUAUAUAAUGCUUAUAUCUCCAAAUUCUUUAUAGAUACGGAGGUAAAACAGUCUCAAUUCUUGGUUAAAAGCAGGGGGAAAAAAAAAACGUGCGGUUUGCAUCUAUUUUAUGCAAAUAUGUCGAAGUACAAUGCUAGUCUGUUAGUGACUGUAGCUAGCGGCUGCCUGAUGCAAAAAAAAAACUUUUCCAGUGAAAAUUCUUGUGAAUAAAUGCUCAACUCCCUGAAUUCUUUAUAGAUAUGGAUGUAAAACUGUCUCGAAUCUUGGUUAAAAGCAAAAAAAAAAAAAAAAAAAAGAGCAGUUAGCAUUUAUUUUACGUUAAUAUAUCGAAGUACAAUGCUAGUCUGUUAGUGAAUGUAGCUAGCAGCCACCUGAUGUAAACAUACCUUUUGUGGUGAAAUUCUUUUGAAUAAAUGCUUAAAUCCCCAAAUUCUUUAUAGAUAUUGACGUAAAACAGUCUCGAUUUUUAGUUACAAGCAAAAAAAAAAGAGCAGUUAGCGUUUAUUUUACGUUAAUAUAUCGAAAUACAAUGCUAGUCUGUUAGUGAAUGUAUCUAGCGGCCCCCUGAUGUAAACAGAGCUUUUCUGGUGAAAAUUCUUGUGAAUAUAUGCUUGAAUCCCCGAAUUCUAUAUCGAUAUGGAUGGGAAAAAAAGUCUCGAAUCUUGAUUAAAAUGGGGACAAAAACAGUGCAGUUAGCAUUUAUUUUACGUAAAUAUGUCAAAGUACAAUGUUAGUCUGUUAGUGAAUGUAGCUAGCGGCCACCUGAUGCAAAAAAAACUUUUCCUGUGAAAAUUGUCGUCAAUAAAUGCUCAAAUCCUCAAAUUUUUUAUAGAUUUGGGUGGAAAAAAGUCUCGAUUCUUGAUUAAAAUCGGGGAAAAAAAAAACAUUGUAGUUAGCAUUUAUUUUACGUAAAUAUGUCAAAGUACCAUGCUAGUCUGUUAGUGAAUGUAGCUAGCAGCGACCUGAAAGCUAAAAGAAGGCUUCGUAACACAAAUUGACAAUUUAUUCUGAGUCGACAGCAAUCAUACAGCACAGAGAGAGACCCAGUUGAGGAUCCAAGGUCACCAUAUCACAAGUCAGCAAAAAGGUCCCGAGAAGAAAUGACAAUGAUUAGUUAAACUUUCAGUCGUUUUGAAGGGUCUCGCGGUGCGGGCUGUGGGGGCGAAGGAGGGUGUGUUUGGGAGUUAUUUAGGGUUAUUGUCUGUUUGUGGAUUGGACAGGAGAAUUCUGGAGUUACUGUUGUCAGGGCAACGAGGGUUGUGGAUUUUGCCACUUCUGCGUCAAAGGGGCUCUUGCAACCUUAGCAGUCGUGUUAUCAGUUGGAUAUCAGGUGUUCCUUGUGUUGGGACAGGGUAUCCCGCCAUUUGUUCUGGACUAUCCGGGAGAACUGAUUGCUGUGAAAGUUGGUGGUGCAGACGUGGGUUUGUCAGUUGCAUGACGCACACGUUGGGCUGCCGUGAUAAGAAGGCGUCAUGUAUCUCUUAUGCCCUAUAUUGUGCCAGUAAAUGACCUCGGGGAAUUGAGGCAGUAAUUGCCGCAAAAGGCGGACCUCCACCAUAUGAAAUUUGAUUUUUUUUUUUUGUAAGGUGUUUCGAUGAUUUUUGUCCAACCUCUGUACACUCACGUAGACUAUAAAUGUGUGUAUCCUAGUUUAAUGUUCCUCUGAAACUGUGAAUGUAAAACUGAGCUCUUAUAGGCAGACUUAGGCACACAUGCAUGCAUGCACGCACGCACAAAACCACUUGCACAGUUUGAUUCUCUGUGUUAGUCCUCCCUCGCAGCGUCAUGAAUGUGUCCUGUGCUGUGACGUGCAUAUUUUUGUGAACUGAAGCUUUGUAGUCUCGUUGAAUUAGAAAUGUAGAUCAUUUGAAUAUUCACCUGAAUGAAAGCUGACAACUUUGUACAGAUGUUUCAUUGUACCAAAUGUAAGCUGGUUUUGUAAAAAUCUGUUAAAUGAACGUAUAUUUGUUACCAGCAUACACUGUGGAUCCUGCUAAUGUGAUAAAUUACACUACAUUAUAUAUGCAGUUUAAAUGUUUAAGUAUUUAAAUACUAAACCAUUGUACAGUCAAAUUCUCAUUCAUUUACUGUUAACCUUGUAAUACACAUAUAUACGAAAACCGAAUGGAAAGGAUGUUUACAUUAAAGAACAAU